CAAUUAAAGUCUUUGAUAUGUUUGGUCUAGACUUCAGAAGCAAAUUUGCAAUAGAGAAACAGAUGGGAGUGGUUGUCUUCUUGUUCUUCCCAUAGUUAGCAAUUUAGCAUAUAUUUGCAAGGUUGUAACCUCUCCUCAUGAGUUGGUAUAAAGUUAAGUUUUGACUAGAGACACUAGCCAGGUGAAGGCAAGGAUCUUUGGAGGUGUUUAGAUGGCCCAAGCUUUAUUGUGUAUGAGUGGUCUGCGGGAGGAGGCAAGAUCUUGGGUUUUGUAGAAAGAAAUGACUGAGAAGAAUAAUAUUUGGAAUGAGAUAAGCGCAAAGUGGGGGGGAGUUUCAUUGACUCAAGCUACCAUGAUUGUCUAGCCUUUUUCGUCUUCUAAGAAGCUUUUAUUUUUUGAUGAAGGUUCUAAGAAGCUUUUAUUCAUCAUAAAACCUAAAAUUCAUGGCGCCUCUUCUCCUCAAAAGCUUCUAACUAUAGAAACUCUAGAUUCCAUGGAUUGCCUAGCUUCUAGGGGUUAGUUUCAGGCAAUCACUUCGACGGACCACCAAUUUGGUGACAAGAGCUUCUUUUGAAACCAAAGAAACAUGCAAGGCUUUGUUUGGGAAGAAACGCUGCAAUCCGUGGAGAUUUGGUGUGAUUUCUAGGAUCUGGUCACGGGUGAUGUUCUGUGAGGUGCUCUGGCUUUGCACUCAGAGAUGUUUUAGAAAUCCUAGGAAACUGUAAUCAAUUGGGGGAAAUCCUUGAAUCCAUGGAGCUAGAGCUGCUUCCAAAAACCUAAGCCUUUCUUUGGAGGUAGAGGAGGAUCGGUCGUACAAGAGAUUGGUUGGAGAAUUUUAUGAAGCUGUUGGCUUUGAUGCAUGCAUCCUUGUUGAACAUGCUGGGUUGAACCCUAUGAGUGGUUUGAGAUCAGACACUGUCCCAAGAGCUGGUUGUCCUGUCAUGAACUUGCGGCAAACUUUGGAUGACUUGACUCGAAGUGGAUAUUCUGUUUGUAUAGUAGAGGAAGUGCAGGGCCCAACUCAAGCUCGAUCGCGAAAAGGUCGCUUCAUAUCAGGGCAUGCACAUCCUGGAAGCCCCUAUGUAUAUGGACUUGCAGGAGCCGACCUUGAAGUUGAUUUUCCUGAGCCAGUGCCUGUAGUUGGUGUAUCACAUUCAGCAAAAGGUUAUUGCUUGAUAUCAGUUAUUGAGACUCUGAAAACAUAUUCCAUAGAAGAUGGGCUAACUGAAGAGGCUAUAGUCACAAAGCUCCGUACCCGUCCCCACCACCAUUUGUUUCUGCAUAUAUCAUUACGGCAUAAUUGUACAGGGACACAUCGUUGGGGAGAAUUUGGUGAAGGUGGUUUGCUAUGGGGGGAGUGUACUGACAAGAACUUUGAGUGGUUCGAUGGCAGUCCUGCUGAUGGACUUUUGUGCAAGGUGAGGGACCUUUAUGGUCUUGACAAAGAAGAAAUUUUUCGAAAUGUCACAGUUUCUUCAGAAAAAAGGCCUCAGCCAUUAUACCUUGGAGCUGCAACUCAAAUUGGUUGCAUACCUACUGAAGGAAUUCCUAGCUUGUUGAAAAUUUUGCUUCCAUCAAGCUGCACUGGUCUCCCUGUGAUAUAUAUGAGGGAUCUUCUACUUAAUCCUCCCAUGUAUCCUACUGCAUUGUCAAUUCAAGAAUCGUGCAAGCUAAUGAGCAAUAUAAGUUGCCCAAUUCCUGAAUUUACAGUUAUUCCGGCAACAAAGCUUGUGAAGCUUCUUGAGUCGAAGGAAGCAAACCACAUUGAAUUUUGCAGAAUAAAAAAUGUGGUCGACGAUGUUCUGUACUUGUAUGGAAAAUCAGAUCUUAAUCCCAUCCUACAAUCGCUGCUAGAUCCUACUUGGGUUGCAACUGGCUUGAAGAUCGAUUGCGAGUCCCUGGUGAAUGAGUGCAGAUUGGUUUCACAUAGAAUUGGUGAAAUGAUUUCCCUACAAGGAGAAAGAGUUCAAGCAACAAGUUCUGUCCCUUGUAUUCCAGGAGAAUUUUUUGAAGACGUUGAGUCAUCAUGGAAGGGUCGCGUGAAAGAAAUCCAUACAGAAAAUGCAAUCAAAGAAGUAGAGAGAGCGGCAGAAUCCUUGUCUUUGGCUGUUACUGAAGACUUCCUUCCAAUUGUUCAGAGAGUAAAAGCUGUCAUGUCUCCACAUGGUGGUCCUAGGGGUGAUAUAACCUAUGCCAAAGAGCAUGAAGCUGUUUGGUUUAAAGGAAAGCGUUUUGUACCAUCUGUUUGGGGUGGUACUCCUGGUGAAGAACAAAUUAAGAGACUAAUACCUGCUACAGAUUCUAAAGGGAAAAAUGUUGGAGAUGAAUGGUUUACAACUGAGAAGGUGGAGGUUGCUCUGAAUAGGUACCAUGAGGCAAAUGCCCGAGCCAAGGCGGUUGUCAUGGAUAUUUUGCGAGGACUUUCUACUGAAAUGCAAAUUAAGAUAAAUGUUCUUGUCUACUCAUCCAUGUUGCUGGUUAUUGCAAAGGCAUUAUUUGCUCAUGUCAGUGAAGGAAGGAGGAGGAAAUGGGUCUUUCCCACAUUAAAGGAGUUCGAUAGAUCUGCAGGCAGCACUUUGUCAUGGGAAAAUGACUAUAUGGAGAUUGUGGGAUUAUCACCAUAUUGGUUUGAUGCUGCUCAAGGAAAUGCUAUACAAAAUACUGUUAAAAUGCAUUCCUUAUUUAUUUUGACGGGACCAAAUGGUGGUGGCAAAUCUAGCUUGCUUCGGUCGAUUUGUGCUGCAGCAUUACUUGGAAUUUGUGGGUUGAUGGUUCCGGCAGUCUCUGCUGUCAUUCCACAUUUUGAUUCUAUCAUGCUUCAUAUGAAAUCCUAUGAUAGUCCUGCGGAUGGGAAAAGCUCCUUCCAGAUGGAAAUGUCAGAGCUGCGGUCAAUAGUUACAAGAGCCACUGCAAGGAGCCUUGUGCUAGUGGAUGAAAUUUGCAGGGGAACGGAAAUGUGGAAAGGCACCUGCAUUGCUGGAAGCAUAUUGGAAACUCUCGAUAAUAUUGGUUGCCUGGGCAUUGUAUCAACCCACAUCCAUGCCCUCUUCAAUUUACCACUAGCGACAAAGAACAUUGUUUCUAAAGCAAUGGGAACGGAGAAAGUGAAUGGUCGAACAAAACCGACAUGGAAGUUAAUAGACGGAAUUUGUAGAGAAAGCCUUGCAUUUGAGACGGCUCAAAAUGAAGGAAUCCCUGAAGCUAUUAUCAGAAGAGCUGAGGAGUUGUAUCUCACUAUCAAAGAUGCUCAAACAGAUUUAGAAAAGAUUGAUGGUGCAAAGGGGCAUCGAACUCAUCAGUCUGGAAUUACUUGUUUGUAUGAUCGUAGUGAUUGUUUGAGACCUGAAGGUAAUGAAUCUAGUUCUUUUGAAAAUGUGUCAAUUAAGGGAACUGAUAUUGAUGCUUUAACUAGUAAUGGACUAUCCAAAUAUGAAGAUGAUCAUGCCCCACAUGAUUCUAUGAAAUUCCGAAGAUUAUGUGUCACAAAUGAAGGCUGUGGAGAAAGUUCAACGAGUUCCUCACAUGUGAUGUCUCUGUCUGCGGAGAGGCAGAGAUUAUUGCAGAAUGCUGGAAGAGCUGUGACCAUCAUUUGUCAGAGAAAGUUGAACGAACUUUACGUGCAGAAAUGUAUAGCUGCACUUGCAGAGAUCUCUUGUGUCACUGUUGAUUCUAAAGAACAACCUCCUCCCUCGACAAUAGGCACUUCAAGUGUAUAUGUGUUAGUCAGGCCUGAUUUGAAGUUGUAUGUUGGACAGACAGAUGACCUUAUUGGUCGCGUCCGUACACACCGUUCAUCAGAAGGCAUGCAGGAUGUGCCUUUUCUUUAUGUUGUGGUCCCAGGGAGGAGUGUGGCUUGCCUAUUAGAAACUCUGCUCAUUAACCAGCUUCCCCUUCAAGGAUUUCAUCUUUCUAACAAAGCUGAUGGUAAGCACCGCAACUUUGGCACGUGUCAUCUCACAUUGGAAGGUUCAGCGUUGGCUCAAUGAAUUAUUGAUGACUCCAAAAACCACCUCAUGCAAUCUCAGUUCCAAAUGUUCAAUUUUGGGUUACGAAUCCAUUUAAUGGUUCCGAUGGUGGCUACUAUCUUAAGCCGAGCUUUUACGGUUGUAAGUAAGCAAUUUUGGAUCCACAAUAUAUACCUUUGUUCAUGUAAAAUAUUUGGUCUGUCAGCGCUGGGAAAGCACCAAUUUUGUAGUUAUGAAGUUCAGGCCUGUCAUUUAUUUCUUUAAGCGGGAAUGAAAGGGAUGCAGCAGCUGGUCGUAUUUGACUUCGUUCGACCAACACUCUGCUUGUUGUCAUUGUUCUGUUACUUUUGUAAUUGUCUAUCAUUGUUUUCUCCA